AUAUUCCCCACCACUUCCUCACUUCUCACCACUCACUUCACUUCUCUUCUCUCAUUCUUCUAAGCAUCAAGAAAACAUGGUGAGGAAAAUAACCAAUGUCUCCUUUCCCAUUUUCACAGUGCUUAUUGCACUUCUUUCUCAGCACCUUGUCAUUCCUGUAAUCUCCUCCUCCACUGUUGGAGAUCAGAAGAACUACUACAUUCCAGAUCCACAUUUGAGAAACCCUCCAUCAAGUUUCUCUGAUUCUCUUUGCCCACACAGGAGUAGUUCUCCUCCAUCUCAUAGCUCACCACCUUCACAUGGAAGCUCAUCACCACCUUCACAUGGAGGUUAUUAUACUCCAACUCCAACUCCAUCAACACCUUCAGGUGGCUGUGGAACAUCAUCACCACCACAUGAUCCUUCAACUCCAACAACACCUUCAACACCCUCAUAUAACCCUACACCUUCAACACCAUCAAACCCUCCUUCAAGUGGUGGAUACUAUACCUCACCACCUUCCACUCCUAUUGAUCCACCAAUCACUUUGACACCACCAUCUCCAUCCACUCCAAUUGACCCUGGCACCCCUACUCUCCCAUCACCUCCUUUCCUACCUUCUCCAUCUCCCUUAAGUGGCACAUGCAACUACUGGAGGAACCAUCCAGCAAUAAUAUGGGGAAUUCUAGGUUGGUGGGGAACAUUGGGAAAUGCAUUUGGUGUAACAAGUGUUCCUGGCUUUACUCCUGGCCUAACCUUACCACAAGCACUUUCCAACACAAGAACUGAUGGGUUAGGAGCACUCUACAGAGAAGGAACAGCUUCAUUUCUCAACUCAUUGGUCAACCACAAGUUCCCUUACACAACUGAUCAAGUUAGGGACAGGUUUUCUGCCUCACUUCACUCCAACAAAGCUGCUGCAACUCAAGCUCAUCUUUUCAAGAUGGCAAAUGAAGGAAAAAUGAAGCCUAGAUCACCAUGAAGUUGAUUGCAAUAUCAUGCAUAACCCUAAUUAAUUAGUUUGCUUGUUUGAUUUUGUGUGUUGAUUUUAUCAUUAAGGUUUUUGUUAGUUUGUGUUAUUUCAUUUAAGACACUUAUAUGUGUUGAUUUAUUAUGUUGAGAUGGAUUUCAUGUUUCUUGACAACUUCAUUUAAUGCAAGGUUUAUGGUUCAACUAGAUUAA